CGCGGGCCCAGGCUUCACCUCCCCCAAUGGCGCAGGUACCAGGAGGGGAAGUGGACAAUAUGGAGGGCCUGCCUGCCCCCAACAACAACAACAACAACCCCACAGCCCGCUGGGAGAGUCCAGAUCGGGGUUGGGAGCGGGAGCAGCUGGCUGCCUCCACUGCAGCUGCCUCACUCUUUGAGUGUUCCCGGAUCAAGGCCUUGGCAGAUGAGCGGGAGGCGGUGCAGAAGAAAACCUUCACCAAGUGGGUGAACUCGCACCUUGCCCGUGUGGGCUGCCACAUCGGGGACCUCUAUGCAGACCUCCGCGACGGCUUCGUGCUCACCCGGCUCCUUGAAGUGCUGUCUGGGGAGCAGCUGCCGAGGCCCACGCGCGGCCGCAUGCGGAUCCACUCACUGGAGAACGUGGACAAGGCCCUGCAGUUUCUGAAGGAGCAGCGUGUGCACCUGGAGAAUGUGGGUUCUCAUGACAUCGUGGACGGGAACCACCGGCUGACCCUAGGACUGGUCUGGACUAUCAUCCUGCGCUUCCAGAUUCAAGUCAUCAAAAUUGAGACCGAGGACAACAGAGAGACUCGCUCAGCCAAGGAUGCGCUGCUCCUGUGGUGUCAGAUGAAGACAGCCGGUUACCCUGAAGUAAACAUCCAGAAUUUCACCACCAGCUGGCGGGAUGGCCUGGCCUUCAAUGCCCUUAUUCACCGGCACAGGCCUGAUCUCGUGGACUUCAGCAAACUCACCAAGUCCAACGCCAACUACAACCUGCAGAGAGCUUUCCGCACGGCCGAGCAACAUCUAGGGCUGGCGCGUCUGCUGGACCCCGAGGACGUGAAUAUGGAGGCUCCAGAUGAGAAGUCCAUCAUCACCUAUGUGGUCUCCUUCUACCACUAUUUCUCCAAGAUGAAGGCCCUGGCCGUGGAGGGGAAGCGGAUUGGGAAGGUCCUGGACCAAGUGCUGGAGGUGGGGAAGAUCAUUGAGCGCUACGAGGAGCUGGCGGCCGAGCUGCUGGCCUGGAUCCACCGCACCGUGGGCCUCAUCAGCAACCAGAAGUUUGCCAAUUCGUUGAGUGGGGUGCAGCAGCAGCUUCAGGCAUUCACAGCCUACUGCACCCUGGAGAAGCCCGUCAAGUUUCAAGAGAAGGGGAACCUGGAGGUGCUGCUCUUCAGCAUUCAGAGCAAGCUCCGUGCCUGCAACCGCCGCCUCUUUGUUCCCCGGGAGGGCUGUGGCAUCUGGGAUAUCGACAAGGCCUGGGGUGAGCUGGAGAAGGCAGAGCAUGAGCGGGAGGCUGCUCUCCGGGCAGAGCUGAUCCGGCAGGAGAAGCUAGAGUUGCUGGCACAGAGGUUUGACCACAAGGUGGCCAUGAGGGAGAGCUGGCUGAAUGAGAACCAGCGCCUGGUCUCCCAGGAUAACUUUGGUUACGAACUGCCGGCCGUGGAAGCGGCCAUGAAGAAGCAUGAAGCAAUUGAGGCGGACAUCGCAGCCUAUGAGGAGCGGGUGCAGGGAGUGGCAGAACUGGCCCAGGCUCUGGCCUCCGAAAGCUACUACGACUCUCGGCGAGUGACUGCCCAGCGUGACAGUGUGCUGCGCCAAUGGGCCUUGCUGACUGGGCUGGUGGGUGCACGGCGGACACGACUCGAGCAGAACCUGGCCCUGCAGAAGGUCUUCCAGGAGAUGGUGUACAUGGUGGACUGGAUGGAAGAGAUGCAGGGUCAGCUUUUAUCCCGGGAGUGUGGGCAGCACCUGGUAGAGGCGGAGGACCUGCUGCAGAAGCAUGGGCUGCUGGAGGGGGACAUUGCAGCGCAGAGCGAGCGGGUGGAGGCGCUCAACGCUGCUGCCCUACGCUUCUCCCAGCUGCAAGGCUACCAGCCCUGCGACCCUCAGGUCAUCUGCAACCGAGUGAACCACGUUCACGGCUGUCUGGCGGAGCUGCAGGAACAGGCAGCGCGGCGGCGAACGGAGCUGGAGGCGUCGAGGAGCCUGUGGGCGCUGCUGCAGGAGCUGGAGGAGGCCGAGAGUUGGGCACGCGACAAAGAGCGCCUCCUAGAGGCCGCCAGUGGUGGCGGCGGGGCUGGCACCGGAGGCGCGGCGGGCGCUGCUGGCAAUGCAGGCGGCGCGCACGACCUGCCCAGCACUGCUCGCCUGCUGGCGCAGCACAAGAUCCUGCAGGGCGAGCUGGGCGGGCGGCGGACGCUCCUGCAGCAGGCGCUGCGGUGUGGCGAGGAGCUGGUUGCCGCCGGCGGCGCCAUCGGUCCGAGCCCGGACACGGUGCUCCUGGCUGGCCUGGCGGAGCGCGCGGCGAGCGCACGGCGUCGUUGGCAGCGGCUGGAGGAGGCGACGGCGCGGCGGGAGCGGCGGCUGCAGGAGGCGCUGGCGCUGCACCAGUUCGGCGCGGACCUCGACGGGCUCUUGGACUGGCUUCGCGACGCCUACCGCUUGGCGGUGGCUGGGGACUUCGGUCACGACGAAGCGUCCAGCCGCCGCUUGGCGCGCCAGCACCGCGCGCUCACCGGGGAGGUGGAGGCGCACCGCGGGUCGGUGGGCGGUCUACGGCGCCAGCUGGCAACGCUGGGGGGCGCCAGUGGCGCAGGGUCUCUGGUGGUGGCGCUGCAGGUGCGCGUGGUAGAGGCAGAGCAGUUGUUCGCUGAAGUGACGGAAGUGGCAGCGCUGCGACGCCAGUGGCUGCGCGAUGCGCUCGCGGUCUACCGCAUGUUUGGCGAGGUGCACGCGUGUGAGCUGUGGAUCGGCGAGAAGGAACAGUGGCUGCUUGCCAUGCGCGUGCCAGACUCCCUUGACGACGUUGAGGUGGUUCAGCAUCGGUUCGAGAGCCUGGACCAAGAGAUGAACAGUUUGAUGGGGCGUGUCCUGGACGUGAAUCACACAGUGCAGAAGUUGGUGGAAGGAGGUCACCCCAGCUCAGAUGAGGUGCGCUCCUGCCAGGACCACCUCAAUAGCAGGUGGAACCGCAUCGUGGAACUGGUCGAACAGCGCAAAGAAGAGGUGAGCGCGGUGCUGCUGGUGGAGAACCACGUGCUGGAGGUGGCUGAGGUGCGCGCCCAGGUGCGCGAGAAGCGGCGGGCGGUGGAGAGCGCGCCCCGUGCGGGUGGCGCCCUACAGUGGCGCCUUAGCGGCCUGGAGGCAGCUCUGCAGGCACUGGAGCCCCGCCAGGCGGCUCUCCUGGAGGAGGCGGCUCUUCUGGCCGCGCGCUUUCCCGCUCAGGAGGCAAGGCUGCGCAAGGGCGCAGAAGAGCUGGGCACCGAGUGGGGCGCGCUGGCAAGUGCGGCACAGGCUUGCGGAGAGGCAGUGGCGGCGGCCAGCCGCCUCCAACGUUUCCUGCACGACCUGGACGCGUUCCUGGACUGGCUGGUGCGCGCCCAGGAGGCAGCGGGAGGCAGCGAGGGGCCCCUGCCAGGCAGUCUGGAGGAGGCGGAUGCGCUGUUGACGCGCCACGCCGCACUCAAGGAAGAGAUGGACCAGCGUGAAGAGGACUAUGCGCGCAUCGUGGCGGCCAGCGAGGCACUGCUGGCUUCGGACGGUGCCGAACUGGGCCCAGGCCUGGCCCUCGACGAGUGGCUACCACACCUGGAGCUCGGCUGGCACAAACUGCUGGGCCUGUGGGAGGCUCGCAGGGAGGCCCUGGUCCAGGCUCACGUCUACCAGCUCUUCCUGCGCGAUUUGCGCCAGGCACUCGCUGUUCUUCGCAACCAGGAGAUGGCGCUGUCGGGCCCCGAGCUCCCGGGCACCGUGGAGUCGGUGGAGGAGGCGGUGAAAAGGCACCGGGAUUUUCUCACCACAAUGGAGCUGAACCAGCAAAAGAUGCAGGUGGCGGUGCAGGCUGCCGAGGGCCUGCUAAGGCAGGGCAACGUCUACGGAGAACAGGCCCAGGAGGCUGUGGUGCGGCUGCUGGAGAAGAGCCAAGAAAACCAGCUGCGGGCUCAGCAGUGGAUGCAGAAGCUACACGAUCAACUUGUGCUGCAGCACUUCCUCCGGGACUGCCACGAGCUGGAUGGCUGGAUCCAUGAGAAGAUGCUGAUGGCGCGAGAUGGCACACGAGAAGACAGCCACAAGCUGCAUAAGAGAUGGCUCCGGCACCAGACGUUCAUGGCCGAGCUGGCUCAGAAUAAGGAAUGGCUGGAGAAGAUUGAAAGGGAGGGCCAGCAGCUGAUGCAAGAGAAGCCAGAACUGGCUGCCUCAGUGCGGAAGAAACUGGGUGAGAUCCGGCAGUGCUGGGCAGAGCUAGAAAGCACCACCCAGGCCAAGGCCCGGCAGCUCUUCGAAGCCAGCAAGGCUGACCAACUGGUCCAGAGCUUCGCUGAGCUGGACAAGAAGCUCCUUCACAUGGAAAGUCAGCUUCAAGAUGUGGACCCAGGCGGGGACUUGGCCACUGUCAACAGCCAACUCAAGAAGCUGCAGUCCAUGGAGUCGCAAAUGGAGGAGUGGUACCGCGAGGUGGGAGAGCUACAGGCGCAGACUGCAGCGCUGCCGCUCGAGCCUGCGAGCAAGGAGCUGGUGGGCGAGCGGCAGACGGCGGUCGGCGAGCGCCUGGUGCGCCUGCUCGAACCGCUACAGGAGCGCCGCCGCCUGCUGCUCGCCUCCAAGGAGCUGCACCAGGUGGCGCACGACCUGGACGACGAACUGGCCUGGGUCCAGGAGCGGCUACCACUGGCCAUGCAGACAGAGCGAGGCAAUGGCUUGCAGGCUGUCCAACAGCACAUGAAGAAGAACCAGGGCCUGCGGCGGGAGAUCCAGGCCCACGGGCCGCGCCUGGAGGAGGUGCUGGAGCGAGCGGGAGCGCUGGCGUCGCUUCGCAGCCCGGAGGCGGAGGCCGUACGCAGUGGCCUGGAGCAGCUGCGGGGCGCCUGGGCAGGCCUGCGGGAGGCGGCGGAGCGGCGGCAGCAAGCCCUGGACGCCGCCUUCCAGGUGGAGCAGUACUACUUCGACAUGGCAGAGGUGGAGGCGUGGCUGGGCGAGCAGGAAUUGCUCAUGAUGAGUGAGGACAAGGGCAAGGAUGAACAGAGCACCCUGCAGCUGCUCAAGAAGCACCUGCAGCUGGAGCAAGGUGUGGAGAACUACGAAGAAAGUAUCGCACAGCUGUCACGCCAGUGCAGGGCGCUGCUGGAGAUGGGACACCCGGACAGCGAGCAGAUCAGCCGGAGGCAAUCCCAGGUGGACCGCCUGUAUGUGGCACUCAAGGAGCUGGGAGAGGAGCGCAGGGUCAGCCUGGAGCAGCAGUACUGGCUAUACCAGCUGAGCCGCCAGGUGGACGAGCUGGAGCACUGGAUCGCUGAGAAGGAGGUGGUGGCUGGCUCACCUGAGCUCGGCCAGGACUUCGAGCACGUUACGGUGCUGCAGGAGAAAUUCUCAGAGUUUGCCAGUGAGACAGGCACCGCAGGGCGGGAACGGCUGGCAGCCGUGAACCAGAUGGUGGACGAGCUGAUUGAAUGUGGUCACACGGCAGCGGCCACCAUGGCUGAGUGGAAGGAUGGGCUGAAUGAAGCCUGGGCAGAGCUGUUGGAGCUCAUGGGCACGCGGGCCCAGCUGCUGGCUGCCUCGAGGGAGCUGCAUAAGUUCUUCAGCGACGCCCGAGAGCUUCAGGGACAGAUAGAGGAGAAGCGGAGGCGACUUCCCCGCCUGACUGCCCCACCGGAGCCCAGACCCAGUGCCAGCUCCAUGCAGCGGACCCUGCGCGCCUUCGAACAUGACCUUCAGCUGCUUGUGUCCCAGGUGCGGCAGCUGCAGGAGGGCGCUGCGCAGCUGCGGACCGUGUACGCAGGCGAGCACGCCGAGGCCAUCGCCAGCCGGGAGCAGGAGGUGCUGCAGGGCUGGAAGGAGCUGCUGGCAGCCUGCGAGGACGCCCGCCUGCACGUCAGCUCCACAGCCGAUGCCCUGCGCUUCCACAGCCAGGCCCGCGAUCUGCUCUCCUGGAUGGACGGCAUCGCCAGCCAGAUCGGGGCCGCUGACAAGCCCAGGGAUGUGUCGUCGGUGGAGGUGCUCAUGAACUACCACCAGGGCCUGAAGACAGAGCUGGAGGCCCGGAUGCCUGAGUUGACUGCCUGCCAGGAGCUGGGCCACUCCCUGCUGCUCAACAAGAGUGCCAUGGCUGAUGAGAUCCAGGCGCAGCUAGACAAGCUGGGAACCAGGAAGGAGGAGGUGUCAGACAAAUGGGACCGCCAUUGGGAGUGGCUGCAGCAGAUGCUCGAAGUGCACCAGUUUGCGCAGGAAGCAGUGGUGGCUGAUGCGUGGCUGACAGCCCAAGAGCCGCUCCUGCAGAGCCGCGAGCUGGGCAGCAGCGUGGACGAGGUGGAGCAGCUCAUCCGGCGGCACGAGGCCUUCCGCAAGGCGGCGGCUGCCUGGGAAGAGAGGUUCAGCUCCCUGAGGCGUCUGACCACGAUCGAGAAACUCAAGGCUGAGCAGAGUAAGCAGCCCCCAACGCCACUUCUGGGACGCAAAUUCUUCGGGGACCCCACGGAACUUGCAGCCAAAGCGGCACCCCUGCUGCGCCCCGCGGGCUACGAGAAGGGUCUGGAGCCCCUGGCCCGCCGCGCCUCAGACACGCUGUCGGCGGAGGUUCGGACACGGGUGGGGUACGUGCGCCAGGAGCUCAAACCCGAGCGCCUCCAGCCACGCAUUGACCGGCUUCCUGAGGUCUCGGUGAGGGUGGAGCCCACUUCCCCACCAGCCGUCCCAGAGGACACGCCAGAGACCCCCAGGACCCCGCCACCAGCAGUGGAGCCAGACAGAUCGCGGCCCGAGCGUCAGGAGUCAACCGAUCGCGCCCAAGAACUGCCCAGGAGGCGACGGCCAGAGCGGCAGGAAUCGGCUGAUCAACCCGAGGAGGCUGCGCGGAGGCGGCGGCCUGAGCGCCAGGAGUCCACAGAGCACGAGGCGGCGCACAGUCUUACUCUGGGACGCUAUGAGCAGAUGGAAAGGCGACGCGAGCGGAGGGAGAGGCGACUGGAGCGACAGGAGUCCAGCGAGCAGGAAACGCCCCCCAGAGGAGAUCUAGUCAAGGGGAAGGCCACCCUGGCGGACAUAGUGGAGCAGCUGCAAGAGAAAGAGGCAGGCCCUGGGCUCCCUGCUGGGCCGUCGCUGCCUCAGCCUCGCGAGCUGCCCCCUGGCCGCUUGCCCAACGGGCUUGAGCCGCCUGAGAGGACACCUCGGCCAGACCGGCCACGGGCACGGGAUCGUCCCAAGCCCCGACGGCGGCCACGGCCCCGCGAGGGUGGUGAGGGCGGGGGAAGCCGGCGCUCGCGCUCCGCCCCGGCCCAGGGAGGCUCCGCCCCCGCCCCUCCGCCCCCGCCCACUCACACCGUGCAGCACGAGGGCUUCCUGCUGCGCAAGCGCGAGCUCGACGCCAACCGCAAGUCUUCCAACCGGUCCUGGGUGAACCUCUACUGCGUUCUUAGCAAGGGGGAGCUGGGCUUCUACAAGGACUCUAAGGGACCAGCAUCAGGGGGUACUCACGGCGGGGAGCCACUACUCAGCCUGCAUAAGGCCACCAGCGAGGUGGCCAGUGACUACAAGAAAAAGAAACAUGUCUUCAAGCUCCAGACCCAGGAUGGCAGUGAGUUUUUACUUCAGGCUAAAGAUGAGGAGGAGAUGAAUGGCUGGCUGGAGGCCGUGGCUGCCUCAGUGGCAGAACACGCCGAGAUAGCCCGCUGGGGCCAGACGCAACCCACGACUUCGUCCACCGACGAAGGCAACCCCAAACGGGAGGGAGGGGAACGGGAGCGCAGGGCCAGCGGGCGCCGAAAGUGACUCCCCAGCACCAGCCUGACAGAUCUGCGCCCUCCCCCACUCCGUGGGGACAAAGACACUUUCUCUAACGCAGGGGCAGGAGCCCCUAGUUCCAGCACUGCGGACUUGGCAUGACGGGCACUGGAAAGGAGGGGACUUUUCCUGCACCUCAAGAAAUGGUGGAGGGAGAGCAGCCCCUAUAGCCAUAUAUCGGCCCCUUCCUACCGGCCACCUCUACCCCGGGUGCUGGGGCUCCAUUAUUUUUUAUGCAAUAACUGAGCUUGGGGGAGCGGGGAGGGAGCCAGUUGAGCCAAGUCCCCUGCCCCAACCCCCCCAGAUCUUGCCCCGAGAAGCUGGGGUGGUGAGGGCAAUAAUCUGUGCACCCCUCUCCACCCUAUGGAUGGGAAAUGGGGGCGCUGGUGAGGUCCCCUGGACCAUCCAGGGUGCUAGGGGGUGAGGAGGGGACCCCCCCCUCCCCGCCUUUACCUCACUUCCAAUGCUGCCUUGAUCUCUGUCUGGGAGGGGGGAGUGUGGGAGGCGCUAGCUCCCCUCACUCUGCCACCUCAGAGCCAUGCAGUUAAUUCCUGACUUAGUUUAUUUUUGCAAAACGUCAACUUCCUCCUCCCCCGUGCCGCAUCAGCGAAGGCUUUAAGUGGGAGGGGGCGUCAAAGCUCAGAACUGUCUUCCUCUCCUCCCCCCUCCAGCUGUAAAUGUCCUUUCACGAGGGGUGGGGAGUGGGGGAGCCCUCCCCUUGCAUGCUUCUGGCUGGAGCGCCUCCCUGUGGGGUUGCAUAAACGGGCUGUGGGCAGCCCCCAUGGCCACCAGGAGAAGCCGCUGGGACCCGGGGGUAUGGGGCGGUGUGGCGGGCGCACACUCUAAGUACCUAUAAUAAACCCUUUGGCUUUGA